AUGAGGCGUGCACUCUUCGCUCUCCUCGCCGCCUAUAGCGCGGCGACGGCAAACGCUGGCUUGACACUCAUCAGGGGCAGGUGCUACGCGGACGGGUGCAUGGUCGCGUUACCCGUCACAGGGAAAGCUGAUAUAAAGCCCUGCCGGAGCGACUAUCCGUGCCAACACUUCGGUGUGGAUGAAUGCGCGUUCAUCCAGGGACAGGACAUGUCCAUGUGCAACGCCGAGGGAAUCAGGCUGCUCCAAGAAAAGCUCAACUUCCUGGAGGCGCCGGUCCCCUGCCAGGAACGCGGCGAGGUCAGGGAUGUGUCCCCUAGGCCCACCGACAGGGUCAGGAGUCCUUCUCCGCACGUCAAGGUCGAGGACCAGCACGUCAAGAUCGAAGAUCAGUUCAGGCACAUCAAGAUCGAGGAUACGUCCUAA